AUGACCCAUUUUCGAAACCUUAGAAAACCAGCAAUUCUCAAAUGGGCAUCUUCUUGUUUCUUUGAAAACCAACUCAACCCCCCAGUUUUUGUAAUGGGUUCGUUUCACUUAUCACAAAGGCAAAACCCUAGGUUUUAUAGGUCAAAAGGAUCAGCUGUAGCAGUGAAGCGUGAGGUUUUAGAGGCUCCCAAAAUCCCUCAGGCCACUUUGAAAGAGGCUCAAGCUGCUUUGUUGGAAUAUUUGCAUUGGACUAGGAGUAUUCCGUUUAUGGAUGCGGAGAACAUGAGCAAAAACUCACCUCAUUUUUUACGAAACCUUUUGAAAAAGGUUAACAUUGUUAAGGAUGUUAGAAGCUCUAUGGCGCGGUUUUUACGUUAUCGUCCCAUUAAUGAAUUCGAACCUUUCUUUGAGAGUUUGGGAUUGAAGCCUUGGGAGUAUACUCCUUUACUUCCUAGGAAUUUGAUGUUUUUGAGUGAUGAUUCAUUGUUUUUUGAGAAUUAUAGGGUCUUGUGUCAAUUCGGGAUUGAACGAAAUAAGAUUGGUCGGAUAUAUAAGAAAGCAAUUCAAGUGUUCCAACUUGAAUCUGGUGCUUUGCCAUUAAAGCUUCAAGCUUAUCAAGAACUGGGGCUUAGCCACUCUUUUAUGGUUAAGAUUAUUGUUUGUAGCCCUUGUGUUUUGAUUGGUGAUAUAGAUAUGAAAUUCAUUAAGGUAUUAGAGAUUUUGAGGAGUAUGGGAUUUGAUCAUGCUUGGGUUCAGGAGCAUUUGUCAGAUCAAGAUUCAUAUAAUUGGGGUUUGAUACUUCGUGUUCUGAGCAUCUUUAGUGAGAUGUUCUGCGGUAAUGAGUUAGUUAGGUUAAUCAGCCAGCAUCCAGGGCUUUUGUUUGAGGGUUCUGGGUAUGCUACUUUUUCACUAGUCGGGUUCCUGUUGAAAUUUGGACUUCCAAUAGAUCAGAUAUCUUCUAUGUUCCUACAGUUUCCAAAAAUCCAAGUUCAGCAAUUCGUUUCAAAUCUUAUUAAAUGUUUUGUGUUCUUUCACGAGAUUGAGAUGGAGGUGGAUUGGAUUGCGAAACUUGUUUGUUCAUACACUGUAUUACUUGGUUCAUGCAGGUUGAAGAAAACUAAUAGUUUACUUAGUAACUUGAAUGUUGGAAAAAAGAGGCUUUGUAAAUACAUCCAAGAGAAUCCCCAAGAAUUGAGUAAAUGGGUUAUUGGAUUAAGAAUUGUGCCAUUACCAGACUCAGGAGAGAAUAUAGAGUCAAAAAGGUUGAAGAUGAAGUUCCUUUUAGACUUGGGAUAUGGAGAAAACCCAAACAUGAUGAACAAAGCAUUCAAGGUGUUUCGAGGCAGAGGAGGGGAGCUCCAAGAGAGAUUUGAUUCAAUCGUAAAUGCCGGUUUGGAUAAGGCAGACGUGUCUGAAAUGGUCACCGUAUCCCCUCAAAUCCUAAAUCAAUCAAAAACUGUUAUCCAAUCUAAGAUUGAUAUUCUAGUAAACGAAUUGGGUUACCCCUUAUCGUCUUUAGUAUCAUUCCCCUCUUUUCUUUCCUAUACAACACAAAGGGUCAGGCUUAGAAUGGCAAUGUAUAAUUGGCUCAAAGAUCAUAAAAAAGCAGAGCCUGACUUGGCCUUGAGCACCAUUGUUGCAUGUUCAGACAAAAUAUUCCUGAAUCAAUAUGUGAAUCAUCAUCCUAGUGGCCCUCGAGUUUGGCAGGAUCUAAAAGCAAAGCUUAGCAUGGAUAAAUGAUACAUUAUUUACCUAUUUUAUUGCACCAUUAUGAGUUAUCUCUUGCAAUUUUCCACUGAUACUUUAUGCUGUUUAACAUCACUUAUCCUGCAUUCAUACAUAGUAAAGAGGAACCAAUUUUCUUCAACUACCAGAUUAGCCUGUAUGGACAGAGUUUAUUUACGUCAGGUAAUAAAGUUUUAGAUUCUGGUUCCUACUUUAUGCUUUCUUUUUCUUUUUUUAGGGUUCAGCAUUUAGACAUCCAUCCAUAUGCAUUACUUAUUAUAACCAUUGACUUCAAAGUGAGUCCAUCAUGAUCCUAAUAACUUGUUACCAGCUGUAACUAUUUAUUUCAGUCUCUAAGAUGAAAAUUUGUCAACUUUGUGUUCUGGUGGUAAAAGUACUAUAGAGGUUUCUAUACUAGAAGUCAGAUUGCAUGACUAUGUACCACAUGGUGUGCUGCAUGUGCCUUAUGCUGAUAUACAAGAAUCAGUUUGUUCUUUGAUCUAAUGUACGUGUACCAUAGUAUUUUUAUCUUUCUGGUUCUACAUAUUUGUAUGAGAGUUCUUUGUUUGUCAAUUGUUUGUUGGGACUUGGGAGUGGCAUAAUAUGUAAUUGACAAUAACUUGUCAAAA